UAAACCACAGCCACCUCCUCGGCAGCAGUUUCAUGAAGUCGUGCCGGUAACAUCUCCGGCCAAUAUCGAGGCUCUAACGCGGGAAACCAACAGCUCUUCAACGGGGCCGUGUACGUCCUCUACGCCCUCUAUCUAUCAGCAGGUACCCAAAAUCACAGGCCUUCAUUGUCCCACAAUGAGUUUAAUUUCUCAAAAUAUUCUCCCUAAGAACCGAAUCAAUAAGACAAAAAGGGAGGAUAUUGAUAUACCUUCACCUCUGGAAGGAAAUGAAGAUAUUGAAGACAGAAAAGACUUGGGUCCUGAUACUUUAAGGAUCAAGAGGAGAAAGAAAGAACGCAAACAAGAGGAAAAGCAACUGGAAGUUGAGCAGGAAAGAGAAAUGAAGAAGCUAGAGAACCUUUUGUUUGGAUCUCUCUAUGCCCCAGUUGAAUUUGGAAAGGGGGGUGAGGAAGAAGUGCGAGAUAUGGUAGGGAAGGAUUCCACUUUGUUCUUCACAGAUCGAUCUGCAAACAGCUCUCUGUCUGUUUAUGAGGAGAAUGCAGAAUUACCAGAGGAAAGUAAUGAUGAAGAGGACACAAAGCAAAGGAAACCUGUCUGGGUGGAUGAAGAAGAGGAAAAGACCAAUAUAAAUAUAGCUAAAGUCAACAGAUUGAGGAAGCUAAGGAAGGAAGAGGAUGAGAGUGUGAUUUCUGGUUCAGUGUAUGUAUCGCGAUUGAGGGCUCAGCAUGCAAAGCUGAAUCCAGGCACCGAGUGGGCCCAACUUGAUUCACAGUUAAGGGACUACAGCUCAUAUGAUGAUGAAUCAUCAGAUGAAGAAAAUGGUGCAGUCUUAGCCCCAGGUUACAAGGAUGUUGAAGCUGUUAAUGAUAUCCUUCGGACAGAUGAAGACCUGAUAGUGAAAAGCAGUACAAAAUUAUUGCCUGGGCUUCUGGAAUAUUCAAGGCUAGUAGAUGCGAAUGCAGAGGAUCCUUCCAAUGGUCCUAUUAAUUCAGUUCAAUUCCAUCGUAAUGCUCAGUUGCUCCUCACUGCUGGAUUAGAUCGAAGACUCAGAUUUUUUCAAAUUGAUGGCAAACGGAACACCAAAAUACAAAGCAUCUUCCUUGAUGAUUGCCCUAUUCGAAAAGCGUCUUUCUUACCUGAUGGGUCUCAAGUUAUUAUAGCAGGAAGAAGAAAGUUCUUUUAUAGCUUUGACUUAGUGAAAGCAAGAGUGGAUAAAAUAGGACCCUUAACUGGUAGGGAGGAGAAGAGCUUGGAAGUUUUUGAGGUUUCCCCUGAUUCUGGUACCAUUGCCUUUGUGGGCAAUGAAGGUUAUAUCUUGUUGGUUUCAUCUAGAACAAAGGAACUGAUUGGAACAGUUAAGAUGAAUGGAACUGUUCGUUCUCUAGCUUUUACUGAUGAUGGGAAGCAACUAUUGAGCUCUGGGGGUGAUGGGCAUAUUUACCACUGGGAUUUGAGAACAAGGACUUGCUUCCAUAAAGCUAUUGAUGAAGGCUGCAUAAAUGGUACAUCUCUUUGUGCUUCCCCAAAUGGAGCUCUGUUUGCUGCCGGUUCAUCCAGUGGGAUUGUGAAUGUGUACAAUAAAGAAGAAUUUUUAGGUGGGAAGAGGAAACCGAUCAAAACCAUUGAGAAUCUAACCACCAAAGUGGAUUUUUUGAAAUUCAACAAUGAUGCUCAGAUAUUGGCUAUUAGUUCAAGCAUGAAGAAGAACAGUUUAAAGUUGAUACACAUACCAUCCUACACUGUAUACUCAAACUGGCCUCCACCAAACCGAACCCUGCAUUAUCCCCGUUGUUUGGAUUUUAGUCCCGGUGGAGGUUUCAUGGCAGUGGGAAAUGCAGCUGGAAAAGUGUUGCUCUACAAGCUGCACCAUUACCAGCAUGCAUAGAGCAAAUGACUCUGAUACCUGGCAUAAACAAGCUUGGUUUGGUUCAAUUUUCUCAUGCAUUUCCCCUACCCGUUACUUAUAGGGUAAGACUGAUAUAUUAUUUCCCAAAGCUCCAUAUCUUACAUUGAAAUAUGUAGGUAGUUUAUAUUCAACUUGGUUGAUGUCAACAAAUACAAAAAUUUUGACUGUUGUAGUUCC